AUGGCGGAGGAUGGGUUAGAGGGUGGAGCAGCGGCAGACAUGCAGGCAACACGCACAGGUUUAGGCCACACUGCAGAUGGCGCCGAUUCCGCGACUAGCUACUGCUGUCCAGGUGAUGCAGGCACAAUGGUGGUUAUUCCCAGUGGAGCUCACCCUGUUGCAGGAGCACCGGAAAUCUCCGUUUCGAGCAAAAACACUGUUCCUUUAACUCAAAGGCCGGGAAUCCGACAUCAUAGAUUCGCCCUUACAGUGCCUUUCCCGACCUCUUUGGAGGCAGAAAUCGCCUGUGGGUCCCUAGCUCCUGAUGCCGAACCGCACCAAGGACUGUUGCAGAAGGAGCUUAAAGUGAGCGGCUGCAUGCUGAAGGUACACUGGAUCUCGGAAGACUCUCGCCUCCUCCGAAUUUCCAUCAUGAACUUUCUUGACCACCUUUCCCUAUUGGUGAACACCAUACAGCGCUUUGGGCCUCCAGUUUCUCGUUAAGCCUGACUCCGAAAAGGGAUCCAGGCCUGACCUUUUGUCUGUUUCCACCUAAGCAGUGCAAUUUUCUGGAAAAGAUACCAGAAAUAGUAGCUGAUAGUUAAAUGUGGGACCUAAUAUUUUUUUGCCUGACUUGGUUCUCAGGCACUUAGGAGACACUUGUUUAGUCUGGUGCUUAAAUGUUUGUUGCUGAAGAAAAUAAAGCUGUGCAUUUAAUCUGUA